UUGAACAGGCGGAAAAGUUGGCGUGCCAAGUUUUUUUAGGUGCAGAGAGACAUCCCUUUAAAAUAGGGGCAUAUAUAGUAUAUAAACGGAUGACUAUUUGAGUGAAGAGAAAUAAAAAACUUGUAGCAUUGAAGCUUCCCUGGAGUCCUUGACAGUGAAGGCAGAAAUUGAAGAGCCUAAUAAUGGAGGAGAUAGGGUUUUUGGGCAUGGGAAUAAUGGGGAAAGCUAUGGCCACAAACUUGCUCCACCAUGGCUUUAAGGUCACUGUUUGGAAUCGCACUCUUUCUAGGUGUGAUGAGUUAGUCAAACACGGAGCUUCUUUGGGAGAAUCUCCAGCAGCAGUAGUAAAAAAAUGCAAGUAUACGAUUGGAAUUGUGUCCGACCCUUGUGCUGCACUAUCGGUUGUUUUUGACAAAAACGGUGUUCUUGAGCAAAUAUGUGACGGAAAGAGUUAUAUACAUAUGUCGACCGUUGAUGUGGAUACUUCUUCGAAAAUAAAUGAGGCAGUUAUAUCUAGAGGCGGUACUUUCCUUGAAGCUCCAGUCUCGGGCAGCAAAAAGCCCGCUGAAGACGGGCAAUUGGUUAUUCUAGCUGCUGGGGAGAAGGUAAACAUAAAACAUGAUUUAUAUAGUCAAUUGCUUCCAGCUUUUGAUGUCUUGGGAAAGAAAUCAUUUUUCUUGGGACAGGUUGGAAAUGGUGCAAAAAUGAAACUUGUUGUGAACAUGAUAAUGGCUAGCAUGAUGACAGCAUUUGCAGAAGGACUUGUGUUGGCUGACAAAAGUGGAUUGGAUCAGCAAACUCUCUUGGACGUGUUGAAUGUUGGGCCUGUUGCUAAUCCAUUGUUCAAGAUGAAAGGGCCUUCCAUGAUAAAACACAAUUACUCCCCCAGGAGUCCUCUAAAACAUUCACAAAAAGACAUGAGGCUUGCUCUGGCCCUUGGGGACGAAGUUGGUGUUUCAAUGCCUCUGGCCACAACAACAGCUGAGGCAUUCAAGAAGGCAAUGAACUUGGGUUUGGGGGACCUCGAUUGUUCAGUUGUGCAUGAGGUCAUGCAACAUGACCGACCCAUACUUGACUCUGAUCUGCAACUUAAUUAGUUUGGAUGAGGAUCUCACAGACAACAAUAAAAUAAUACCAUAGAAAACCUUUGAAGGACCCGUUUGGUUAAAAAAAAUGUCAGAUUACUUUGAAAUGUUAAAUUUUUGAGUGUGAGAUUGAUGGACUAUUCAAUCUGUAUACCGUUUGUGUUUAGUUUAGGUUAAGGACUAUCACAUCAAUUUGUUUCGUUGAAUGAUAAUACCUAUGUGCUACUAAAAUUAGGGUGUGAGAAUGUGGUGCAAUGAUUAAUAAAAGUGAAUUUAUGUGAUUGAUA